GGGGGGUUAUGAUGAUAAUUUGACAGAAAAUAUUCGUAUUUCACUCUUAUAAAUUCAUACAAUUCUAAAUAUCAAAAAAUAAUGAUGGAAUCAAAUGCAGACAAUCAAGUUCCAGCUCCUUCAAUUACGAAUGAGAGAAGACGAAAUUCUCAAGUAGCAAAAUUUACUGUGUCCGCAACAGCUAAGCCUGUUAUGCGAUUUAUGCCCACUUAUCGUAUGAAACCUAUUAGGCCUUUUAACAAGGAAGUAUGUGAAAAAAUAAUGAAAACUGUUAUGGAUAAUACAUUUGGGUCAUACAAUUAUUCUCCAAAAUCCAUAUUAGAGUUAUGUGCUGAAGUAAGCGAAGAAAUAAAAAAUCGCAUUAAAAGCCAAAACUAUGAUCGAUACCGUUACAUUGUCGUUGUCAGCAUUGGCGAGAAAUUAAUGCAAGGCUGUUAUUCUCUCGUCAAUUUUCUGUGGGAUGCUGAUAAUGAUGGUUAUUUAUCUUAUACAGUAGACACACCGAAGUUUUUUGCAAUUGCGACACUUUAUUAUAUUUAUUAUGAUUGAUAUUUCUUAAUUUAAUGUUGUAAAUAAGUUUUUA